GGCUUAAGACCGAUGGACAUGCACUGAUUCGCGGUACGUUCUUGUUUCAGGCGGCUAAGCAUGCGACCAACCCAGGAGGAGCUGGAGGAGCGGAACAUUUUGAAAAAGCAAAGUCCUGCAGAGGAGAAGAAACAAAAAGAGGAGAAAAAGCGGUAUCUGCUGCGGAAGCUCAGCUUUCGACCGACCGUCGAGGAGCUCAAGGAAAAGAAGAUUAUCAGGUUCAACGAUUAUAUCGAAGUCACGCAGGCUCACGACUACGACAGAAGAGCUGAUAAGCCGUGGACGCGGUUGACCCCUAAGGACAAGGCAGCCAUCAGGAAAGAGUUGAACGAGUUUAAGAGUUCGGAGAUGGCCGUUCAUGAAGACAGUCGACACCUCACCAGGUUCCAUAGGCCAUGACAAUUGCAAUGUGUUGAGGUGCUACAGUGUGGUGCGGUUAUAGGUGAAGGUGCAGUGUGGUGGCCUCGCGUCGAGGCUGGAUAAAAAGAAAAAGAAAAAAGAAAAGAAAAAGAGAAAGAAUAAGAAAGAGAAAUAAAAUCUCUCUCGGUCGAUCGUGGCUACCGAGGGUAAUUUGCACGACUCAAGAGGAGAUGUUCCCUUUGCUUUAAACGCUCCGUUUGCACUGCGAGCGACGGUGACGGUGGUUCGUUCGCUCUUUAUGACGUUGCUGCGUCGUGUUGUCAUCGUCCUCGUCCUCGUCCUCGUCCUCGUCCUCGUCGUCGUCGUCGUCGUCGUCGUCGUCGUCGUCGUCCUCCUCCUCAUCGUGUCACGCAUCGCGUCUGUUUCAUCGACAUCGAGAAAUCGUCCCAUCCCGUCACUCGCACACGCAUCGAGGUCAUCAUCCGUCAUCCGCGCUGACGACGAACGUCUCCACGACGCCGACGAAGAUUGUGAUAUAGGGUGACCCGUCCUACGGAGUAAUCGAACGAAAGAAAAAAAGGGGGGGAGGGAAGGAGGAUCGUGUCGGGUCACUCGCUGAUUUCUCUUCGUGAAAAAAAAAAAAAAAAAAAAAAAAAGGAAAAGGCUCGUUCACGCCUGAGCUCACCCCGACGCGUUCGUCAGAGCUGUUACGAUGAUAACCGUCGAACGUCCAGCGUGGCAAUCUUUUCGACCACCUUCCGAGCCGCGUUCUUUCGAUGCCAAAAUAGGAAAAGAAUAGAAAGAAAGAAAAAGGGAGAUUGAUGGAAGAAAGAAGAAGAUCUCUAGUAGAAGGCCAAGAUUCGCAGAUCGACAGAUAUUUGCAACUUAGAGAAUCAAAAGCGUCGUUCCGUAAUGUAAUAAGACUCGAUUUUUUGUACGAACGUUCGCGGAGCUUGAAUCGAUUUGAGAACGAGCAAGCCGAUACACUCGACCUGUCUCGUCGAAGGUCCACGCUCCACGUCGUCUGUGAAACUUUGCCAACUCUCCGAACAAUUUACCGCCAAGCGUUUCACUUAACUUUCAUGGAGAGUGCCAGAUGUAAGAGAGAGAGGGAGAGAAAGGUAGCUUUAAAGUAAACUUUUAAAUAAACUUUAAGGUUAUAUACGAAUUAAACGUACACAUUGGAAGUAUGUAGAUAGAUCCGUGGAGAUAGAAAAGGUAGAAUUGAUCGGCGAAAAUAGCCCCUUUUUCGAGAUUUCGAGAAAAUUUGUUUAAUAGGGAGAGGAAGAAGAGGAAGAGAGAAAAACGCGUGAGCUCGCGUGUGAACGGAUCUUUCUAUAGAUUGUAGAACACCGUAACUUCUCUUUUGCCAUCAAGCUAGCUCGUCAGUGUCACCUGGCAUUCAAACGCGUACACGUGGAGAGAGAGAGAGAGAGAGAGAGAGAGAGAGAGAGAGAGAGAAACGAGAAAUUCCUAAGUAGAAAAAUUCGAAAUCUUUUUAACAUUCGUGUGAUAACGAUACCUUGCGGAUAGUUUUCGCGAAAUACUCAAACUCGAGACGAAUGUGCGCAUCGCGGUAAAUGAUUAAAAAAAUGAAAAAAAAAAAGAAAAAAAGAAAGACAAAUGAAAGAGUAACAUCGUCACGGAGAUGAUUCGUUUUAGCUUUCGAUUUAGUUGUUUAAAGAUGCGUUAGUUUGAGAUAUUUUUAUAUGUUGACGGUUUUAACAAAGAAACGUUAUCAUCCGCACUCGGGUCAAACAAAAAUUCGUUUUUUUAUCGAACAAAAAAAUAAAAUGAAAAAAAAAAGAAGAAAAAAGAGAAAAAGGUGAGAAUGAAACGCAAGCUUAGAAAUGUACGGCGGCUAUUAAUGUGAUUUAUCGAUAGAAUUCCACGGGGCGUGAUUUUAAUCGACUUUUAACGAAUCGAUGACUUCGUUGUUUGUACACCGCGCUAUAAAACGUUGCGUAGAAUUAUAUUAUAAUUAAGCAUUGUUCCAUUUUUGCGCGUGGACAGUGGCGUGUUUACUUCGAAUCGACUCGUGCAUUGCGACAAAUAUCUAUGACAAUCUUGUUCGAAUUGACAAGAAUAAGAAGAAGAAGAAGAAGAAGAAGAAGAAGAAGAAAAAGAAAAAGAACUAUUUUUCCUUUUUACUGCCAGGUAUCACUAUUUCUCUAUUUGCGGAGCUGCCUUGAGGAGCAAACGCUUUAUCGACUUACUAUGCACAGCGAAAAAUUGCACACGGACGAAAUGGAAAAUAGUAGAAGUGCGAAAAGCAAACACGAGAAAACAAAAGAAAAAAAAAAUUAUAUAUAUAUAUAUAUAUAUAUAUAUAUAUAGUUGUAAAACUCCGUUUCAGCGACGAACGAUGAGGAAAAUAGAGAGAGAGAGAGAGAGAGAGAGAGAGAGAGAGAGAGAUGAUGGGAAAGAGGGAGAAAGGAAGAAAGUGACGCAUUGUGCAAUUACAACACACACUUUGUACAGAAAUAAUAUACAUAGCGCAUAUUUUAGUGAUUAUUAAUUAUUGUUAUUGUCAUCGCUAGCGACACUGCGAUCAUCGUUGAUUUUCGAUCACGCGUUUCGAUCGCGAAAGCAACCGGUCUUUUGAAACAGCAUGAGAGAAAUGAAUUUUUUGAACUUUUGUCUACGCUAUUAUAUCGGAUACUAAAAUCGGUCAGUAGAAAAGAAUAGACAGAGUCGAUCGUACGAUCGGCCACACGUAGACGUAUAUUGUAAUCAAUCGGAUAGGUCGUUGAUCAAAAGGAAAGCGUGUAUCGCGAGAAUUUUCUUAAAGAGAAAACGAAACAAAAGAAAAAGAAAAAAAAAGGACGAAAGAAUCGAAACGUGUUUCGAUGCCUUGCACGCUUAAAUCCCCCCACCCCCCUCGAAGCUUCCUGUCUCUGCAAGCGUGAUCGUCAUCCGUUUUUAAAGCUCGCGUAAAGCUUGCGUCGAAACCAAAUCGAUUAAAUAAAAUAAAUAAUUAAAAUAGAAAAAAAAAAAAAUAAAAAAAAUUAAAGGAAACUCGCUGACACCUUCUGUUCUCGAUGGGCGUUGUAAGAGAUUAGAAAAAAUAAGAUCGAAUAGAAGAAAGGUGAUCGCAAGUGAAAGGACUUUCGACAACGUCGAGAAAUUACGUUCGAGGACGCAUUCUCUGAACAAUUUCUGGACGUUUCGAAUUUCCUAUCCUAACGGAUCUUCCUCUCGAUGUCAGAACUCGAUCACGCGAGUUUCUCCCCGCGGAUGUUGUAAGUCGCGACCGACGUGUCGAUUUUCCUUUUAAAAUAGUAAUCUAGUUUUUAACGAUCGUCCAAUGGGGUGAGAGGAUCGGAUAGUCGAUCUUUCUCGCAAACCCAGUCGGUGAACUCAGUUGUUCGAUAUUAUAAGCAAACAAACAAGCAAAGAACUAAAGAGAAAAAAAAAGAAAUAACAAAAAAAAUUUCGUCAACUUCGCGGUCAUCGAAGGUGUCAGGCAGGAAGAUGAUGAUGAUGACGAUGAUGAUGAUGAUGAUGAUGAUGAUGAUGAUGAUGAUGGUGAGGGUGAGGAAACGAAAAUUGAAAAGAAUAGGAAGACCUUCAAGUGAACCACGGAGACGCAGGUGAUUAAGGAACAAUGUAAGGUAGGGAGAUGUUAGCGUCUCUCUCGUUCCAUUGGUCGAGCGCUGUGGCUACCGUGUAGUCGAACAUUUAAAAUAUAUCCAUUAAUUUUUGGGUUGCCUGAUGUUGCAGUAUGAGUGCGCUAUGUGGAUGAGUGUUUAGAUAAAUCGAGAGAAAAAGAGAAAGAAUAAGAAGAAAGUGUGGACGAGAGAAUAGGAAGGUCGGGAAAGGAGGGCGAAAGGACGAGAGUGAGAAAAUGGGAAAAGAUCGAUGAGGAUGCAGAGCGAAAUUCAACGAUGUUCUCCUCUUCGAGAUUUUCCCAUUUCUCUUUUUUUCGCCGUUUUUCGAUAUUCUGUUCUUUUUCUUUUCUCCUUGUAUUGUACUUUCCUUUCUUUCCUUGGACAAGUAUUUCCGUCACGUGUGAGAGCCCACUCUCGAGGAUGGAUGAUAUAGUAGGAGCGACGUGUACAGGACACGACAUGCGAAACAUAACGAUUAAUUAAACGACGAACGAUUGUAAAUAAUAAGUCGAGGCGAUUUUUAGGCGUAAUGAAACGAGAGAAGAAGAAACACACACCCAUACACACACAUUGUAAAACACACCGCAAUAGUGAUCCACAGCUAUGCGCUAAAGCGAUAUUAAGCAUGCCAGAACGAAUGAAUUUACUUAUAAAUAUUUGAUAUUAGGUAACGAAGAAAAGAAUAAAUAAGAAAACUGGCGCCCUAAACGCGAGCGAUACAUACUAUAUACAUAUAUAAAUAUUAUAUAUACAUAGAUAUAUAUAUAUAUAUAUUAUUAUAUCGAGGCGUACAAGCAGUAUGUGCGUUUUCCAGCACAGAUAGUUGGUAUUUUGUGUACAAAAAAAAAAGAAAGAAAAAAUGAGGAGAAACAAGAGGAAGAGUGAAAGAAAUUUGCGUAAAUAGCGUAACCAGAGGAAAAACAAUUGUUGGAUAUUUUCGCCGCGCCCUGUCCAGUCUGCGUGAUUAUUAUUAUUAUUAUUAUAUUAUUAUUAUUGUAUUCUAAUUAUUAUAAUUUUAACUUUAUUAUU